AUGGCUGAAACGGGCGCGAAUCAUGUGCUGCCCAAUCUCCAUGGCGCACAAAUCUCUCAAAUUUUGAUGACAGACCCGCUGAAUCUCAACGACCUCGGCUUCAACAGGUAUCCUACCCUUCCUCUGGGGGAUCUUCCUGCAGCACGUGUCAGAGAGAUCUACGAAAAGAUUGUUGACGAAAUCUUUUCGGCUAUGUCUAUGACUCGACAAGCCUCUCCCCAAUGUUGGGAUCAAUGCGUCGCUUCACUUGAAUCAGAAAACGUGUUGUUGGCCACUAUUUUCACCGAAUGUGAGGCUUAUCGCACGAUCAAGGAUAAAUGCAUGGAAGCGCUCAACCUUCCUCGCAUCGAUGAGCAGACCCCUUGUCUCCCUGCCCCAGUCCUGGUUUCUCUUAUCGCUACUAUCAACUACCGCAAGGUAUCAGUUGCCAAGCCACAUAACUCCAUCAUUGCGAUGCUUGGUGACCAUGACACUGCGGCUUGGCUCAAGGUUGCGAUCCAAGUUUUUGGAACAACCGGCCAGAAUCCAUUCCUCGUCUCGCGAGAUGACUCAGUCCACAGCCCGACAACUGAUCAAUCUAAUGGUGUCUGGACUAUCAAAGCAACCAUGCCGCUCCCUCAUAGGUACCUCGCACUUGUUCAUCGUGAACUUCCCAGACUUCGGGCCGCACCCGAGUUGCGAAGCGACUCGGUUAAAGAAGACGAAAGUCUGGAAGAAGCCUUGCGGCGACUUAACCGCCGUCUUGUCCGUGACAUCGGUGACGCAGUCUAUACCGAGGCUCCAGCUCAAUUCCACACAAUCACUCUGAGAAUCACUCGGGAGCAAGCUCUUGCCCGAGUAGGCGAGCUAGUCAGACAGGUGCGAAAUGCAGACUUCGACCAAGAGCAACUCAAGCCCCAGAUGGAACGAUCUAUCGAUUUCCAUAUUUUCUCGGUUCUUCCACUGGCUGUAAAGAAGAAAGUCCAUUCGUGGUACCGAAACCACUCUCCAGAAUCCAAUGAACUUAUUCAGAGGUUUGCAAGUGUCUUGCUUGAAGAUAUCACCGAAACCUCCUGGGAACACAAGCUUCAGGGUGAACGAAUCAACAUGAAGGACUCAGACCUUGCCGCACCCUCUAUGAAACUGCUUGCAAAGCUCAUCAACAGUCUCCCCAAGACAGGCGGAUAUAAGCUCGUUCGGGGCCGUGGCAUCCAAGCCUUCAACGACAUCAAGAAUAUCAUCGACUACCAGCGAAGCUUCCGCGACCACUACACCAAGCUCAUGGAGGCAACUCAGCAGAAUCGUUAUCCCAACAGUUCCCUCAUUUCCGAUGAGGCCCUCGAGCAGCUCAAAGAAACCCAGGAGCAGCUCAAGAAUACCCAGGAGCAGCUCAAGAAUACCCAGGAGCAGCUCAAGAAUACCCAGGAGCAGCUCAAGAAUACCCAGGAGCAGCUCAAGAAUACCCAGGAGCAGCUCAAGGGAACCCAGGAGCAGCUCAAAGGAACCCAGGAGCAGCUCGAAGGAACCCUAGUCUACGCUGCCACGGACAAUUUUGAGUCCCAGGAGUAUGCCUCGCAGGAGAUGUUUGAUGCCGUCCAGGCGGUUUACCUUCGGUUUCGACGCGAUGGCUUGGUGAUUCCUUGCGAAAUCCACACCCUUGCUGCACUCAGCCUCAGCGAGGACCAACACAGAGACGUCAUGAAUGCCUCACCCGAUGAAGAGAUGCUGGAUGCCUAG